GUGGAGGUUGUGGAACGGGGAACGGGGAACGGCUGCAUGAUGUUGACAGCCCAGAUCUUGAAGUAAUGCAUUAGUUGAAGUUGUUUAUUUAGCGGUAUUAUUUGGUCGCAAUCUUGAGAAAACAACGCUCAAUAUUAUUUCCCCAACAAGCAACUUACUUCAAAUCUUUUCGAAAUGGUCCACCAUCUAAUAAAACGAGUGUUUCAUUGGGGGCCUCUGGCCGCACUAUGCAUCAUCAAAUGCAUUACAUUUAUGACAAUGCACUGCUGUAGUAUGUGGUGGCCUGCUUCCCAGUCCUGGGGUGGAACUGUCAAUAGUGGAGUAUUUCUGAGCUGCAGCCUUCUCACCAUUUAUAAUUUCCUCAGUGCCAUGAUGGAAGGGCCAGGCUUCCUCCCCUACAAGUGGCGGCCCAAAGUUGAAGAUGAUGAGCAGUUUUUACAAUACUGUGAAUCAUGUCAGGGUUUCAAGGCUCCCAGAGCGCAUCACUGUAGAAAGUGUAGGCGUUGUGUAGCUAAAAUGGACCACCAUUGUCCGUGGAUCAAUUGCUGUGUGGGUCAUGUAAAUCAUGGCCAUUUUACAGCAUUUCUAUUUUGGGCAGUUGUUGGAUGUUUCCAGUCAACCAUAAUUUUAAGUUGUUCAUUGUAUCGUGGCAUUAAUCGAGUCUGGUAUAUGUACUACGGCACAGGUAAAGAGCCUCGAGUUUAUCUUAGUGCUAAUACUUUAUUUUUUUGUAUUUUUGCCCUAGGGCUCUCUGUGGGAGUUGUUUUAGCUGUUGGAAUGCUACUCUAUUUUCAAGUUCGGGCUAUUCUUCGAAAUCAGACAGGUGUCGAGGAUUGGAUUGUAGAGAAAGCUCAUUACCGUCGUCUGGAUUCCCAGGACAAGUUUGUGUUUCCUUAUGAUUUGGGAUGGAAGAAAAACUGGAGUCAAGUAAUAAAUUGGUCUUUUGAGCCAGUUGGUGAUGGUAUAAUAUGGCAUGUUCGAGAUGGAUGUGAUCAAUUUACCCUCACUAAAGAGCAGCAGGCCCAGAAAAGGGAGAAAAGAGACCGCACAAGGCUGUACACAGUCAUUCAUCGGUAUUCUGGUUGGCAUCUUCCUUUUGUUAAUGGGUGGGGAGCUUUAUGCCAUGUACCAUGUACAGACGAAGUGCGUAUCAAAUUGAAUGUUGGUGAUAAUGUAAUGGUUACUAGAUGGAGAAAGUAUUGGCUUUUUGGUGAGAAGCACGGCUCAGAAAAGAAACUCAGAGGCUGGUUCCCAAGGUCUUGUGUGAUAGAGGUUGAUGGUAGUGAAGACUGGAAAUCCAAGCAAAGUUAAUCAAUAGUUUAGACAACUAUUUUUUUCUUUCACUGAUAGCCUAGUGAACAAUGAUUGUAAUCUGUGAUCAACUGAUACUCUUGUUUGUUUGCCUUCCUACACAAGGUAUGGAAUGGGAAAAUAUUAAUAGGGUAAUAAAUACAUUCAGAAAACAACAUUAAAAUUUGACCUGCAUUGUUUUGACAUUUAGGGGUACUGCUUUUAAAUGUGUUCCUUUCAGUUAAAAGGUAAAAAAUAAUAUUCUCUAGUGUUGAAGUAAGACAUGGUAAAAAUAUAUUCUGUAUUAAAGUACUUACCCGAAGAAAAAGAAAAUGGAUUUCUAGAAAUCUGACAAGAAAUCGGCGUGAGUUAUCGUGUUCUUCCGUUUCAUUCUUUCAUGUUCUGGCCUUGUUUAUUUAUUUCUAGUCAAAAAAUAAUAAUUUAAAAAGUACAUCUGCUGAGUGAAGCACGUUACUCUAUUGUGAGGUGUAUUUUCUAACAGAUCUCUUAAGUUGCAUUUAAUUGGUUUUAUUGCCUUAACUCAGCUUGUUCUAGUGUGUUUUGGAAUCAUUUAAAAUAAUUAUAAGCCCACUCGCUUUGUAAGUGAAGUGAAAUUGUUAGGAGUCAAUUUUCUGUACAUUUAUCUUUUUAUUUUGAAGCCAGGAUAAUUUUGUUUUAUAGAAUUUUGCCUUCAUGGGAAGUUGUCAAUUAGAUUCUAAAAUCCAUGAGCUAUAUUAUAUUGUCUUAAAGCAUCA